UUUAUAUUUUUAUUGUUUUGUUUUGCCUGAUAAGCUGCCAAAUGGUGUCACUUACCAUACUGGAACAUACCAAGAUCGGUUAACAAAGCUACAGGAUCAUCUCCGCCAACUUUCUAUUCUCUUCAGGAAGCUGAGGUUGGUCUAUGACAAAUGCAAUGAAAACUGUGGAGGAAUGGAUCCCAUCCCAGUAGAGCAACUUAUUCCAUACGUGGAAGAAGAUGGCUCAAAGAAUGAUGACCGGGCUGGCCCUCCUCGUUUUGCUAGUGAAGAGAAGCGAGAAAUUGCUGAAGUAAAUAAAAAACUGAAACAGAAGAAUCAACAGCUGAAGCAAAUUAUGGAUCAAUUACGAAAUCUCAUCUGGGAUAUAAAUGCCAUGUUGGCGAUGAGGAACUAAACUUAUAUUUAAAUUUCCUGCUUUACAUGUUAUACCUUUGUUGUUUUUUUUUCUUCAAGUAUUUUUUUCCCUUUGAAAAAGAUUAUCUGUUUUUAUUUUAUUCACUAGAACUAAAGCUCCACUUUUUACAUUGUGGUUUUACUUUAAAGUAUUCAUUAACAUUUUUUUUAAUGCUAUUUAUUCUAUGAAAGAUUAUUGUAAUAAACUUGGAUAGGGUUUGUGUUUUGGUUAAUCUUCAUGAAUUGAAUAAUUGCUUUUUAAAAACAAAAUAAAGUUUUGUAAAUAAAUUUU